GAAAGAAAACACACCCACAAGAAGCAAAGCAAUUGAAAAAAAAUAAUUAAGAGAGAUGCAUCGAUUGAGCAACACAGUGAUAGGAUUCUUAAACUUUUUCACACUGUUAGCAUCAAUACCAAUAAUAGGUGCAGGAUUAUGGAUGGCAAGAAGCACAACAACAUGUGAAAAUUUCUUCCAAACACCACUUUUGGCAAUAGGUUUUAUUGUUCUUGUGAUUUCACUAAUAGGUUUCAUAGGGUCAUGUUUUCAUUUGGCAUGGGCACUAUGGGUGUAUUUAGUAAUUAUGUUGUUUCUUAUAGCAACAAUAUUUACUUUGACAAUAUUUGGAUUUAUUGUGACAAAUCAAGGUGGGGGAGUUGAAGUGGUUGGUAGAAAUUAUAUGGAAUAUCAUCUUGAUGAUUAUUCAACAUGGUUGAGGAAUAGGAUUAUUAAGGAUCCUCAUUAUUGGAGUACCAUUAGGAGUUGUAUUUUGGGGUCUAAUACUUGUGCUAAACUUGCUUCUUGGACCUCUCUUGAUUAUAUCCAAAGGGCUAUGUCUCCAAUUCAGUCUGGAUGCUGUAAAGCACCAACAUCUUGCAACUACAACAUGAUGAAUUCAGAUCCUGAUUGCUACAAAUGGAACAAUACACCAACAAUACUAUGUUACAAUUGUGACUCUUGCAAAGCUGGUGUACUUGAAAACAUUAGACAGGAUUGGCACAAGAUCUCUGUUCUUAGUAUUGUUGUUCUUGUUUUUCUUAUAGGAAUAUAUUCCAUUGGAUGUUGUGCUUUUAGGAAUGCAAGAAGAUCUCAAACUGAUUAUCAACAUGGUGAAAAUCGUAUGAGUAAAGUUAGGCCAAGAUGGGACUACUAUUGCUGGAGAUGGUGGCAUGACAGGAAGGAGCAGCUUUUUUAGCAAAGAGAUUGUCUCAUGUUCUUGCUUUUCUAAAGAUGAAACAAUUAACUAGAUCUAUGCUAUUCUCCUUUUCAUUUUCAUUUUUGUACAAAUCUUCAUGUUUAUAGAAAGUGUGGAAGAAUAAAUUAAGCAAAUUUCUAAUAACUA